GUUUAUUGUAUUGCUUGCAAAAAACAUGCUUAGCAAGAAACUCUCCCAACUCCGCUCUUUCUUCCUUUCCUUCCUCUGCAGGCAUCGAACAACUUCUCCUCAUCUCCGAGAAAACCCUACUUUAACCAGAGCACCGUUGAUUUCAGCAUAAUUGUCUUCACCGCUGCAGGCUGCACAAGUCUCAAUCUUAUACUAUCUGAAUUAGAGAAGCAACACUAGGAGUCCGCAUCCAUGGAUUCACAGGGCCAGACAACUUCUUUGCAGAGACUUCAGAAUGUAGAGAAGAGAAUCGUGAAGGUUUUGGAGCUUGCCGGAGGAGUAAUGGAUGAGCUUGCAAGCCCUGUGGGUCCUAGGAAAGAUGUGGUCCAAAACCACUGCCUUGAGUUCAUGCAAUUAAUCAAGGACAUUCAGGUGGCAUUGCGUGAUGAAAUAAAAAGUGCUUGUGAAUAUCGUCCAUUUGAGAAAUGUGACUAUGGUCCAAGAAUAGCCAAUGAGAUUUGUCACAAAAAGGUGGAAUUUAUUAUGUCACAAUUGGAUGCAAUGAAACAAACUAUAGAUGAGUAUCAUGCGGCAGUUUGAAUAUGUAGUCUAGUUCCCUGUAGAAGCCUGGGUUACCUUCCAGUAAUGAACUUAUUUGGAAGUGCUUGUUACUAGUUAGUGUGUAGUUUUGGGUGAGGUAAUAAUUAUCUUACGAGAGGAAGGAAAUAAUUGUAUUUAUUUAGACCUGUUAUAUAGAAGAAUAUCAUAUUCGAUGUGGGAUUAUCAUGCUCCUCCUAUCUUAAUAGGGCCAACACAAUAUUUUCCUUUAUUUUGUGGACUAUUUGGACAACAAUUAGAGUGUACCUGUGCACUUAACAUUUAACAAUGGUUAUGAAGUUUUAGAUUCUUGACCCAGACAA